GGGGCCCCUGGGGUCAGUCUCAGCCUCCGGCACCGGCCGCGCAGCUGGAGGCGGCGGAGCGGAAGCCCCAGCCAUGGCUGCAAUCCGAAAGAAGCUGGUGAUCGUGGGGGAUGGUGCCUGUGGGAAGACCUGCCUCCUCAUCGUCUUCAGCAAGGAUCAGUUUCCGGAGGUCUACGUCCCUACCGUCUUCGAGAACUAUAUCGCAGACAUCGAGGUGGACGGCAAGCAGGUGGAGCUGGCUCUGUGGGACACAGCAGGGCAGGAAGACUAUGAUCGUCUGCGGCCUCUCUCCUACCCGGACACGGAUGUCAUCCUCAUGUGCUUCUCCAUUGACAGCCCUGACAGCCUGGAAAACAUUCCUGAGAAGUGGACCCCGGAGGUGAAGCACUUCUGCCCCAACGUGCCCAUCAUCCUCGUGGGAAAUAAGAAGGACCUGAGGCAAGAUGAGCAUACCAGGAGGGAGCUGGCCAAGAUGAAGCAGGAGCCUGUUCGGUCUGAGGAAGGCCGGGACAUGGCGAACCGGAUCAGUGCCUUUGGCUACCUUGAGUGCUCAGCCAAGACCAAGGAGGGGGUACGGGAGGUAUUCGAGAUGGCCACUCGGGCCGGCCUCCAGGUCCGCAAGAAUAAGCGCCGGAAGGGCUGUCCCAUCCUCUGAGAUCCCCACGGCUUCCCUUACAUGCCCCCCUCUCUUCACAGGGGUGCAGAAAUUCCCCACCCCCCAACCCCAGCCUCUUAGGGCUCCAUGCUGAAGGCUCCCUUUUCAGUUCCCUCCUGCCCAGGACUGCACGGAAUUUCCCCAGCCCCAAGGUGGUGGUGGCGGGAGGCCCUCGCCCAGUCCCCUGGGAACCCAGGCCUCUGCCCUGCCCUUCCUGAGCAGAGCCCCCUGGGGCUCUUGCUCCCUUCGACCUUCCCCAAAGGAUGGUCACACACCAGCACUUUAUAUACUUCUGGCUCACAGGAGAGUGCCUGGGGUAGGGGACUUAGAGGGCAUAACCCAGAGUCCCAGGCCCCUGGGGUUUCUGCUUUGGGCAGGGGCCUUGUCUCUGACUGCACUUGGUGGGGGGCAUGAAUAAAGACCACAGGUUCCAGCAUG